UAGCUUUAAUCCAGUCAUGAGCCCUAAAUAUGGAAGUGGAAUCCGUAAUCAUUCUCGGACAGAUGCAGUGGUAAGUAAAAGUGAAACUGAGGCAAAGUCACCAAUAAUCUUUCUCCGGGAUUCUAAACAUGAGAGUAAAAGUAGAACAAGCUCGGAUUCAAUCUUAAAUGAUAGUGUUUCAGGGUCAAGUAAAAGUUCAGAACUUUCCUGUUCCACGUUUUCAUCCUCGUCCGGUUAUUCCUCUGAUGAUUUCAUACUAAUGAAUCCAAAAAUAGCAUCCAACUCUAUCUCAUCAAAUGUACCAUAUUCUAAAUUUCCUCCGGGCACCAAACCUUUAUCUCAAGAGGACUACAAUGAUUUGAAACUGAACACAUCAACAAGCUCCGCCUCGCAGGUUUCAGACGUUACUGAUGAAUCGUUAUUGCCAACCAUGUCAAUUACAAAAUCUCCUUUUAUCCAAGUGAUGGAAAGGCAAGGAGGUUAUGAUCCCAACAGAGUUCCAUCUUCAAUUUUCGAAAGUAAAUCCUCAACACCUAACGAAUGGAGUGCUGCCUCUGACGAGUCAUUAUUUAGUAUCAAUGUCAGUCUUUCGAGGAAGUCAGCAGAACUACCCAAGUGUGUGGAAUUGGAUACAUGUGAAGAAAUUAGUAAGUCUGGGAAGCUAAUUAGCUUAAGACACUCAUCACCUGUAAAUGGAGGAGAACAUACGGAAAAGAGUUCUGUAUUUGAUACAGAAAGGGGCGUGGUUGAUCGAAGCAACCUUAUUGAAGCAGGAAUUCAACAUAAAUCAAUUAAGAAAGAACCUCAUUUUGAAGAGGAAAUAAAAUUAAGAGGGAACAGAGACUAUUCAACUGCCAUUAGCCAUUCCGAAGGGAACGGAGGGUUUAGAAACUCCUAUCACCAUUCCAAUGGUAAUGAUACGUCUUUAGCUUUUCCGACAGAUAAAAAGUCCACCGAACCUUUUUGCGAUGUUGUUUAUUACACAAGAAAGAAGUCCAGAUGGAGGUCAUGCUUCUCUUCCUAUUGUAGCUGCGGGUCAUGCUGCACUAGGUGGCAAAGCUGUUGCUGUAAGUGCUCAGGUUGCUUUUCUUGUAAGUGGUCAAGCUGGAAAUGUUGUUCUUAUAAGUGGUCAAGCUGGAUGUGUUGUUCUUGUAAGUGGUCAAGCUGGAUAUGUUGUUCUUGUAAGUGGUUAAGUUGGUCUUGUUGUUGCCAUAAGUGA